AUGAUUAUAAUCUUAACGAUGGGAGACGACAUUUCUAUAACAUUGACGUGCCUUUUGAUGAAAGUAGCUGGUCUUUGGUUGGCGUCCAAUGCGGCAGAACAGCGACUGAGGUGGCUCACUUUGACGUACACCGUCGGCAUGCUUUCUUUGGGUCUCUACGUGAACUUUGCUGAUAUCUGUAACACCUUGGACGACAUUAGCAACGUCUUGUAUGGUAUUUGCAACGUUACGUUUGUCAUCGUGGGGUCGUUCAAAUUUGUCGUGUUGUUUUUGCAAAAAGCGAAAUUCGUUAAUUUGGUUCAGUACACGGAGUGCAACUUCUGGCAUUCGAAUUACGAUCCACAGGAGAAAAUACUUCUGGCUGAAUGUCGACGGAUUUUCACGUUUAUCAUUGUUUUCGCCUAUUGCAUACUAAACUCAUCACUAGCCAAUUACAUACUCACGCCCUUAAUUAUGGACUAUGGUAAAAAUCAAUCGGAAAGAUCACUUCCAUUCAAUACAUGGGUAGACUUGCCACUGACUGUGUCGCCGUAUUACGAAAUCACGUUCAUCAUACAGAUACUGUGCUUGGCUCAAGUCGGAGUGUGCCAUAUUUGCUUCGACACCUUUCUGUCCUUGAUCAACUUCCACUUGGCCUAUCAAUUUCGUAUAUUACAGUACAGGCUGAAGAAUCUCUGGGAAUGCUCUGACAAAGACAGGGAUCUGACUGACUAUAUUAAUAAAUGUCACGUGACGUUGAAGAAGUGCGUUCGCCAGCAUCAGGCACUCAUCCAGUACUGCGAGAAAGUCAACGACAUAUACUCGCUGAACGUUCUUGCAUUUGUGUUGGCUUUAAGUUUAUUGAUCUGCUUGACUAUGUAUCAAGUAUUGAUGGUCGAUACUACUCUUACGAUGCGGGUGACGUUCAUACUGCUCACAUUCGGAAGCUUUGUUGAGAUAGUGAUGUUCACGUACAGCUGCGACCUUUUGAUACAGGAAAGCAGGAACGUUGGCUUGACAAUCUACUCUGUGGGAUGGACCAAUUUGCCAAUGAAUAAGAUUGGCAAGUCGCUGCGAUCCAGUAUUAGUAUUAUGAUUCUGAGGGCGAAUCAACCGUGUUAUAUAACUGCCGGUGGCUUCUUCCCCAUGUCUUUGGAAAUUUCCACCACUGUAUUUAGCACUGCAAUAUCGUACUUCACAUUACUGACAAAUUCAACCCAAGAGGAUGAGUAACCAAGUAGAUUGAUCAAACGAUGUUGAUUGUAGGUAGUUGUCGAAUCAUUAAGCAAGUA